CCUAUGUGCUUAAGUAUGUGUUGCUAUUUCCAAAUUUGUGUUAUAUUCAUAUACAAUGUUCGGAAUGGAAUAGUUUAUAAAUUUGCCUUUGAAUAAUAUACAUAUGUAUAUAUACGUAUGUGCAAGCAAGUGUCAAGAGUAAUACAAAUUGACUGUCGAUGCAACAAACGUCCAAUUUUUUUAUUCCAAAAACAAUGGAGUCUUUUGAAUUAAAUGAUAAGGAUUAUAGAAGUUGGAAGCCCAGUUAUGGUGAAUUACCAAUGGAGAUUAUUCAACACAUAUUUCGUUACUUAAGCUUCCCAGAUGUACAGGUAGCCGGAAAAACUUGUCAGCGAUGGCGUGAAGCUUCUUUUAACACUGAAUUUUCUAAAAAAAAUAUGAUUAGAUUUUCAAAAGUUUGCCUUUCUGACAGGAGCUCACCUGCUCAAGACUUCCUUAUGAGCAACAGACCUUUUCGCAAUUACUACUUUGAAGAAGUUACUUUUGGCCCAAUAAAAAACAUAAUGAGUUACAUUGGAAAUACUGCAGAGGAAAUAAUAUUUGAUAAUGUUGAUGUGGGUGAUAAACAGUUUUAUGCUAUAAUGACCCUUUUACCAAAAAUUCGUGCAAUAACUAUAACUCGUUGUUCGUCGCUUUUCAUGUCUGGUUCUUUUUUAGACAACAUUGAUGAUCGCUUGUCUGUCUGUAUAAAUUUUUGCAGAAUACAAGAUCUUUCCUUGAAAGAUAAUCAAUACUUAUCAGAUGCCAUUUUAUUACGCAUUACAGAAAUGAUGCACAGUAUUAAUACAUUGGAUUUAUCUGGAUGUCAUAUUGCAUAUCACAAUGCUAUUCAACGACGGUUUUAUCCCAACGAUGUAGACGUCACACCAAGUGAAUCUAUAUUGACGUUCAAGUUCAUUAUGAGUAUAAUAUCAAUGCAUCACCAAAAUUUACGUAGCUUAAAUCUUAGUAAUACAUUAAUAGGUCCUACAUCACUAAUUGCUUUAAGUGAUCUAAGUUUCAAAGGGUUCCUAUUACAAAAUGUGGGGCUUGCUAAUUGUAGGCAAGUAAACAAUAUAUCACUUCAGUCAUUUUUAAAAAAACAGAAUAAGCUAUUGACACUGGACUUGUCCGGUACCAUCUGCGUUAAUGAUAGUUGCAUAGAUGUAAUUGUAAAAAAUCUUCCAUUACUGCAAGAACUUAAUAUUUCCGGCUGCAUUAAUAUUACAAACAAUGGUUCAUCAUUUUUGGGUGAGCUUAAAUACCUAAAAUGUUUAAACGUGUCGCGCUGCGAUGGUAUACAAUCAGAAGGUCUUACCCAUGGUAUCGCAGCGAAACCAAAUGCAACACUUUUAUAUCUGCAAAUGGCUCAUUUGCAGGUAUGCGAAGAAGCUAUAAUGGUACUAGCGAAAAAUCUUCCAGAACUCCGUGUUUUGAAUUUAUCGCAUUGUGUGAAUGGUGUUACCGAUGAAUCAGUUCAAUGUAUUAUUCAAAACUUGCGUUGGUUAAGAGACUUAUCUUUGGAAAAUUGUUUUCGGAUUACAGAUGUAGCAUUGACAGGCAUUAAUAUUUCGCAAGUAGUUCAUGCGCCGAACUCACAGAAUUCAAUUGAUAAACUACAUCAACUGUCACUUUCUUCUUCAGCUGAAGGAAAUAUUUCAAACGAUAGCAAUCAUUCAAUAAAGAUUUCGUUAAGGAGUAAAGCCGAAGAAGAGAUAGUUCGAGAUGCCAUAAGAAAAAAAGCCAUGGUUGCAACUUAUGAAAUGAACUUGAUUGGAGAAUGUGAUAUGGAGGGCUACAGUAUUAAGCAACUCCAAGGACUAAAAUCUUUAUAUUUAGGCGGUUGCAAUAAAAUAUCAGAUGUUUCUUUAAAAUAUGGACUAAAAUUUGUGGAAUUACAAAACUUAUCGCUUUCGAAUUGUCAACAAAUUUCGCUCUCAGGUAUUGAGCAAAUGGUACAUGCUUGUCCUUCAAUAGAAACACUUGAUCUGUCUGAUUGCGAAAGUAUUAAUGACAAAGUUAUACAAUCGAUUACAGUUAAUCUAACUAGACUUCGAGCGUUGCAUAUCAAUGGAUGCAGCCAGCUAACUGAUCACACUUUAGACGCUAUUUUAGUAAACUGCAAAAAUCUUCAGACACUUUCAAUACAUCGCUGUCGACGUAUAUAUACUGAUAUUGAAGAUAGACUUUCAGAAAUGUCUACAUUACGUGAUUUAAAAAUAGAUAAUUCACCAAAUAUAGACAAUGCUUGCUUACUUCGAUUGAAAAAACGUAUUGAUUACUGAUACUUCGCAGCCAUCUCUUUUAUUUUAUUUUUGUAUUAUUUUCAGCUGAAUAAUAAUGUUUAAAAUGCAAAGACAUUUUAAUAUAGCAAGAUGUUAUAGCUACUA